UUCGGCACCGACUACGCACGGUUUGACCGCAAAAUCCGCGGUGCACGUGCAUCAUCAUCAUCGUUGUCGUCGUCGUCGAGACCCGAAGACGUCGUCGUGACGUCGCAUCCAACACCCAUCAUCAUCCAAUCAUCGUCCACCAAAAUCCACAGCGAACCUGAGAAUUGGGAGCUGCCGGGUUAAAAGUGGCGUAGAAGAAAACGUAAAAACCGAGAAACACGAAGAAGAGAAAGUCCGCUUGGUCCCGUCUCCAAAGAGAGGUUUUCGGCUCUCGCGACGGCUUCAGCAGAACUUAAAACCGCGAGUUUCGAGUGAAUCUAAAUAAAGAACUGUGUAUAUGCAGCGCGAGGAUUGAGGUGCCGGGGACCAGGAGGCGCGUGCCUCCCGGGAUAUGCGAGAGUGAGUAAGCAUGGUACAGAGCGCAUCAUCCCUCAAUGGUGCACCGAACGGCGAAGGUGGUAGAGGAGGAGGAGGAGAAGGUGAAGGAGAAAGAACAUCCAACGUGAUCACCGUCGACGGCGAGUCUUCGUCGACCUCUUCCCUGACGCGCGGCACCGGCAACCGGUUCUCCCUGUUCAGGUGGUUCAGGUCGCGGAACAAUCGCGACUCUACCGUGGAGAAGCGACGGAGAACCGAUGGAGUCCGACGCAGCAGCGUCUACUCCAGCGCGGAGAGCGUAGACACCUUCUACAGCACCACCACGGUCCGCAGUUUCGCGUUCCACGCGGGCACCCUGGACCGGUGUGACGUGCAACUGUCCUUGGACAUCCUUGGACACCGAGCAACCGAGGUUGGUCCCUUUGCCGCGGGAGCCUCGAAGGUCGGCAACAAGGAGAACACCAACGCGGCCGCCUGCACUUUACCCAUUAACGUGCACUCCAGGCGACGGAACAUCACCGCCAGGUACUCGCUGCAUCCGUCGACGACCUUCGCCUCCUGCGAGAAUUUCCCAUCGCCCGAGAAGGCCUCGAGGACCGGAGGACGGAGGAUACACGUGAAGGGCAAACGAAGGGCGCCGAAUCCUCCCGCGGUGAUCAAGAUCGUGGAGGUCGAUGUACGGGAGACACCCGCGAGGAACAGCAACAGGCGGAAACGACGGGCCCCACAGCCGCCGGAGAGGUCGACGAAUCAUCCUUCGGCCGAGGAGCAGUCCGGGAGGUCGCUCAUCAUCAAUGGCGGUGAUGGUAUGGAGCUGAGGAAUGUCGAGGAGAGGCAAUCCAUCAGCAACGACACGCUGGUUCUCCAAGGCGGGAUGCUGCUGUCGAAGAAGGAGGUUCGCGGCAGCCCGAAAGCGGCGAAGAGCAACAAAGCUGAUGAUCCUGGAUCCAGUGUCUUGAACCCCCGGGAGAAGACCACGCGGACUUCGAUCGGCUCCACCUUGGCCAUGCCGCGACCUUGGUACAAGCGCAGCGUGUUCGAGCACUCGUCUCAUCGCGACGCAGGCUCGUUCUCCAGGAAAGGAGGUCCAGCGACGUCAGGCUGCGAGAUGAGGGAGAAGUGCGUCGGAACGAGCGCGAGUUACUCCGUGGAUUCCACGUCGAGGCUGAGCUUCUUCCAUCGCGACGACAAGAAGCGACAGGAGGCGAAACGAAGAUCCGGCCUGUCGAUCCUGACGAACAUCAGCGAGCUCGACAAGGAGGCGGCGGCGAUCGUGCAGGAGGAACAAGCGCGCGCGCGAGCGUCGAUGUUGCUGAAGACGUCCAAGUUUGCGGACGAGUUCGAGAGGAGGAGCGACGUCAACGAGGAACUCGUCCAGGAUAUGGUUACCUCGGCGAUGGAGAACGCGUCACCCCGUCGGGGCGCUCGCGCACUCAUCUCCAAGUUUAACGCCAUCAGCAACAUCACCAAAGUCACAGUUAAUGCCAAUUUCUUCGCUAAGAGGGAUCAAUCAGAUUACAAGCUCGAGCGAGACGUGACGAGGAGCAGAUUCGAGCAGAUGGGGGAUUGGAGGAGCCAGAGAUUCUCGGCGCAACAGGAUCUCGGUCAAAAUAUUCGCGUCGAUAGAGACAUCUCCAGGUACUUCCUGCCUCAGCAGAGGUCAUCGAGGAACGAGGCAAAAUUGACGGAUAUAAAUUCGGUGGAUGUAAAAACUACGUCUAGCAAGGAGCUGUCGGAACGAACUGGAGCGAACUGUCAAAACGAUCAGCUGAUGAGGGAGGCGUCUGACAGGAUAUCGUUUCUGCAAAGCCAACUCGCUGCGAAUCGCGCGAGCGAGUCUCUGGCUGUUCAAAAGGACAUUGCAUUAUUGUCGGAAGAGAAAAUCAGAGUGCGACAGGAGAUCGCGGAAGAAAAAGGAAAAGGAUCGCCGAGGCUGAACAGCGAAACUGGUAGAAAAUUUUUGCUGUCCCGCGCCCGUAACUUAGUCGAAAGCAUGGAAAGUGCGUUAGAUUCCGAAAGAGACAUCAGGACGAAAGGAACGGGAAGACAGAAAGAAUUCUCGAACAUAUUCGACGAGAUCGAUCGGAAGUUACGUUCCAGGGAGUUGAAGCUCGGGGAAGAGCGGAAAGACCGCGUCGGGGACAAAGUUCCGGAAGACGAAGCCGUAUCGAGCAGAGUGGCUAAAGUGCUCGACAUCCUGGUGGAAGCUGAGAAGGAUGGCAGGACGAGAUCGGCGGCGCAGCCGGGAAGAUCGAUGCGGGACAAGGAAACGUCGCGUUUGAUUAAUUCGAGCCAGCAGACCGAGUCCGGUAAGACAAAAUCGACCGUUCUCAAUACCGUCGAGGAUCCAAUUACGGUGGAUCUGAAGGAGAUGCUGAAGGAGAUGAAGCACUCGUUGCCGAAGCGGCCUAAAUCGAGGAAGCCUAUGUCGAGCGACGUCGAUGCGGUGGUUCUCGAAAAGGCUGAUAAGCCCGUAUCUGCGAGCAAGUCGAGCGAUUACGAGGCGGAUAAGCAAAAGGUGUCCUCGUCGGCCCAAACCAGUGGAAACAUCCGUAGAUUGAAUCAGCCUUCUACGUCCGCCGACGCGCGACCGUCUACGUCUGCGGGUUGGAAACACGAAAACGUGCUCUACAGAACUUCCGGCAAAGGCUCGGCUCUUGUCAAGAAUACUUUCCAGCUGAUACGACCGCGCGAUUUCGCCGAGAUAGAGGCUACGAAGACCACGAGGGAAAUUGGAAAGGAAAACACUUAUGCCAAUAUGAUGGAACCGUCCUUGUAUGCCAAUGCUCACGUUCCUCCUACCUUCUCGCCGAAACAAUCAUCGCCGAAUUCGACACCAUCUAAGGAUAUUUCGAGAUGUAAUCAUGUUAAAGCAUCGCCCAAUAUUGUAAACGAGAGUAAAAUGCUGAACGAUGAAGAAUUUGUAGAAGAAGACGAUAAUUCAGCGGCGAAGAACAUGAAUACUCUGGAUAUUAAUCGAUUACUAAGAAAGCUGGAAGGAGCAAUCGCGUCGGGCCAUCAUCAACAAGCAGCUGGAUUAGCGAAGGAAUUGGCAAGGCUUAAAAUCCAUUGUUCCGUGAUACGACAACGUUCGGCGGCGCGUUUGAAGGAUCAAUCGAUUAAAGUCAACAUGUAUAUCGAAGACAAACUUGCUCACCAAGGGCCCAUUCCGCUUCAGCUACCAACGAGGAUGAUGAUAGCCGAACUGAAGACAAAGGUACAGACGGAGUUUGAAAUUCCCACGAAUGUGCAGCGCUGGAUCAUCGGGAAAAACUUGGCCGAUCAUGACGAGGCCACCCUCGACGAGUUACAUGCAGUGGAUGGUUCACCGGUGUUCCUUUAUCUCGUAGCACCCGAAUUACAUGUCGACAAUACGGAACCGAAUAAGCCAACUGUGGAAGAUAAAGUUCUUGAAGAAUUGCCGGAAGAUCCACCAACGAACUUGCAGAUAAUCGAAGAAGCUCAAGAGACUGUCGAGACAGAAGAAGCAACAAAUGAGCAUGAAGGAGAACCAGCAGAAACAGACGUAUCGGAAGAUGUCAAGAUGGCCCGAUACGAGGAACUGAUAUCGUUGGAGAACUGGGACGUCAUUCCGAAUUCCGAGUCAAUUGAAUGCCCAAUAUGCUUUGUUACAUACGGUCCGCGCGAAGGUGUAAUUCUGAGGGAUUGUUUACACAUGUUCUGCAGGCCGUGCAUUGCAAAUACGAUCGCGUACUGCGAGGAGGCGGAAGUGAAAUGUCCGUACAGAGAUGUCGAUUAUACGUGCGAAUCGACUCUUCAGGAACGCGAGAUCAAGGCGCUCGUCGAACCGGAAGUUUAUCAGCAGCACCUGGCGAAAUCGAUCACGCAGGCGGAGAACAACGCCGGAAACAAGGCCUUCCACUGUAAAACGCCAGACUGCCCUGGUUGGUGCAUUUACGACGAUGAUGUGAACAAUUUCUUGUGUCCUGUGUGCGGGGCCAAUAAUUGUCUCACUUGUCAGGUUGUUCAUGCUGGGAAGAAUUGCAAGCAGUAUCAGCAAGAGUUGCAAUUUUCGAAAGAGACCGACCAGGAAUCUAGAAGAACAGCUGCGAUGCUCAAGGAGAUGGUCGAUAGAGGUGAAGCACUUGCCUGCCCCACGUGUGCAGUCGUACUUAUGAAAAAAUGGGGCUGCGAUUGGCUGGUGUGUUCCAUGUGCAAAACGGAGAUCUGCUGGGUCACCAGAGGACCACGUUGGGGUCCAGGGGGUAAAGGGGACACAUCCGGUGGCUGCAAAUGCGGUGAAAACGGAGUCAAGUGUCAUCCUCGUUGCAAUUACUGCCACUAAAAAGUUACAAUGAGCGAACGCGACACGUUUACGGUGACGAGAUAUCUUAGAAAUGCUUUCGUAUUAUUUAUGUUAAAACAUGACGUAUUACAAAUUCGACGGUGUGUGAAGGUGCCUUUGAUAUGCGUUUAAUAAAUAAGUUGAAACUCGAGAUAAAUCAAUGUGCGACAGAAGUUACACACCGCUUGCUCAAUGAUUAACUUUAUUGCGACGCUGUCCUCGAUGGAGAUUUGUAAGUGAGAUUAUAAUAAAUUGAGAAAUUUGUACCAGAAUCUCUUAUUCUUACCGCAAAUACAAGAUAUAGAAAUAAA